UCCCAAAGCAGAGCAGAGCCGUUGGAUAAAUAGUAAGUGGUCGAAAUAAUCAAAUCGCAGAAAAUAUCGGAAAAGAAGCCAAAUCAACCAAAACUCACCAUUGUUUAAACAUUCCAAAACAUUAACUGAAAAAGUGACUGAAAAACUUGGAAGCGAUUUUCUUUUUUGGUGAAAGAAUAGGAAUUUGUAUAAGCAAGCCGGGCGGUGCGACGAGCAGAGCCGUCGCACAGAGGCUCAGGCAUCCCGCAGCACAACCUGAUAGUACUUCUACAUCAUCAACUCUCUACGAUAAGUCAUCGUCUACCAAGAUGAAGGGGCUUUUCAAAUCCAAGCCGCGAACUCCCGUCGAUAUCGUGCGCCAAACGCGUGAUCUCCUCAGCUUCGCCGCCCGCUCCUCCGAAAGUCGUGAAUCCAAGCGGGAAGAGAAAGUUCGUUAUUGAAAACACCUUUUACACAUAGCAUCUUAAUUGUUUCGACUUGGUUUUAUUGCUAUUCGAUUUCUUUUCUUUGUUGAUCUGGAUCGCCCCCUUUGGAUUUUGAUGACGGCAGCAUGUGAUAUAGUUACUAUUGGAAUCAAAUAUAUGGCAGAAUUGUUUAAGAAUUUAAGGGAGUUGAAAUCUAUUCUUUAUGGAAAUAGUGAAUCUGAGCCAGUCUCAGAAGCUUGUGCACAACUGACUCAAGAGUUCUUCAGAGAGAACACGCUGCGGCUCUUGAUCACUUGCCUUCCUAAAUUGAACUUAGAGGCAAGGAAAGAUGCCACUCAAGUUGUUGCCAAUUUGCAAAGGCAACAAGUGAAUUCGCGGUUGAUUGCUUCUGAUUACUUGGAAGCGAACUUAGAUCUUUUAGAUAUUUUAAUAGCAGGUUAUGAAAACACAGACAUGGCUUUACAUUAUGGUGCAAUGUUGAGAGAAUGCAUACGGCAUCAGACUGUUGCAAGGUAUGUUUUGGAGUCACAGCACAUGAAGAAGUUUUUUGACUAUAUACAACUUCCAAAGUUUGACAUUGCUGCUGAUGCUGCUGCAACUUUUAAGGAGCUCUUGACAAGGCAUAAGUCCACUGUAGCUGAAUUUCUUUCCAAGAACUAUGACUGGUUUUUUGAGGAAUAUAACUCAAAGUUGAUGGAAUCAAGCAACUACAUUACGAGACGACAAGCUAUCAAGUUGUUGGGAGAAAUUUUGUUAGACCGCUCAAAUGCAGCUGUCAUGACCAGAUAUGUGAGCUCAAAGGAUAACUUAAGGAUUCUUAUGAAUCUUCUAAGGGAAUCAAGCAAGAGCAUUCAAAUAGAAGCUUUUCAUGUUUUCAAGUUGUUUGCUGCAAAGCAGAAUAAGCCUCCAGACAUUGUUAGCAUACUCGUUGCCAAUAAAAGCAAGCUUCUACGAUUGUUUGCGGAUUUCAAGACUAAUAAAGAGGAUGAACAGUUUGAGGCGGACAAGGCUCAGGUUGUGAGAGAAAUCGCUGCCCUUGAGCUUAGAGACCGCCCAUAGUGAACUCUAGUGUACUGUAAUCUCUUUUUGUUUUUGUUUUUUUCUUCUUUUUUUUUUAAAAAAAAUAACUAACACAAGUUGACUGCACCAUAUAGUGAUCUCGUGGUCCUUUCAGAAGGACGUGUAAUAUGUAAAAGGAAAAAAAAAUCAAUUGUGAUCCUCUUUCUUAGAA